GCAACUGGUGCUACCACCGAUUACCUUAAACGUUCGUUCGAUUCUGUCCCAUACGGCAUCUCAUUGGCCCUUCGCGAGAUAUCGGGAGAUUUCACAUCACAUUUUCCCUCACUCACUUUCAACUCGAGCAUUCCACAGAUUUCCCAAUUUUAA